AUGGUACAAAAUUUGACAAUUGCUGAAGGGGCCAAAGUGGAGUUCACUUCUACAGCACAGACAGCUUUGAUUGAGGCUGGUUCAUAUGUACACAUGACUAAGCCAGGAAAUAUCAGCUUGAGUCACCUGACCAUUCAGAGAGGCUCGGAGGCCAUAUUCACGGAGAAACCUGGAAGUGCCUUAGUACUGGACUUGGUCAAACUGAGUGUGAAGUAUGAAGGUCUCAUGUGGAUGAACAAGGGCACGAUAAACUCUGCCAAUGGUGUUGUGGAGAGCCUGGGAAUCUUGAAUGUGGACUACAUGGGCCAUGUUGAAGGCUCAGGUCCAGGAAUGGGAGGAUCAAGUGGUAGCUAUGGUUACGGUGCUGCUCAUGGUGGUCAUGGUGGAGCCCCUAAACCGAACGUUGGUGGAACACCUUAUGACUCAGUGUACAUGGCAACACACCCAGGUAGUGGUGGUGGUAAUGGUGAUGGUCAGGGGGGUAGAGGUGGUGGGUACCUCCAUUGGAUUGUGGGUGAACUGCUCUGGGUUGAUGGUGAAAUCACCUUGGAAGGAGAGGCCGGUCAGAGUGGCAAUGGUGGAGGUGGCAGUGGCGGUGGUAUACUCAUUGAGACCAUGAAUUUCACAGGCUUUGGUCACAUUGACUGCCAUGGUGGUGAGGGUAGAGGAGAUGGUGGUGGUGGCUCAGGAGGUAGAAUCUCUAUCCAUGUAGACUUCGCAAAUAAAUACAUUGGACGCCUCAACGUGGUAGGGGGCCUUGGUCGUGGUCUCCUGCCUUCAGGUGCAGCAGGGACUGUGUACAUCCAGGAAAAUGCUAGGGGUCCCCAAUAUGCUGAUAUCAAGUAUGACUCGCUGACAGGGCAAGAGGUGAUAACAGCAACUAGCAGAAGAAUUGAGAUAAACAAUGAGGAUAUUGAUAAGCAUCUGUAUACGAAUCACGCCGAGCCGUGGCUUUACACCAUGCUUUAUGAAGGAGAGCAAACAGAGUACGAGUUUGAUGAAGCCAUGCUGGAAGGACAUUCAAAUCUGCUCAUUGAGUACCCAGAUAACACCCUUAAUGGAAGCCAACCGUGGGCAGUGACAGUGAAAAUCCACUUGUUUGAAGGGGACCGCACUGGUGUUGUGAGACUGCGGGAUCGACAAAGGUUGUACGUUGAGGUUAUAGAAUCUGUCUCAAAUGAAACGAUUGCUCCUUGCAGCUUCAGAAUUGAUAAAGGCAGUGAAGCAUUCUUUCCAACAACAACAAACAUGCCUUUAAUGGAAAAUCGCGAAUAUGUCAUGGUAACAACGCCAGGAAAUUUCACCUUCCCCAUUCUUCGGAUCAUGGCUGGCGCUCAGGCUGAAUUUAGAGACAUCACUGGAUUAUGUGUGGUAACUGUAGAUGAAUUUUACGUGAAAUACCUUUCUCUACUUUUGAUGAACUUCGUCCGCAUAGACUCUAGCUAUGCCCAUAUUGAGAGCCAGGGAGAGUUAAAUAUGGAUGGGGUAGGAUACGGACCAGAGAAGGGCCCAGGUGCUGGGUUUACAAUCAAUGAUUCUCCACGCACAGGUGUCGGUGCAGGCCAUGGUGGCUAUGGUGGUGGUCCAGGUCCAGCCUAUGGCGGUGUGCCCUACAAUUCAAUUUAUGAGCCAGUGAUGGCAGGAAGCGGGGGUGGCAACAGUUCUGGUGAGGGUGGAUCAGGUGGUGGUUACCUGGAAUGGUACAAUGGCGACCUCAUUGAAAUCAACGGAUUGCUGACACUUUCUGGGGCGGAUGGAAAGGGAGGUAAUGCGGGAGGUGGCAGUGGCGGUGGUGUGCUACUUCACUCGAUGAACAUUUCAGGACAUGGUGUCAUAGCUGUCCCAGGCGGUAAUGGAGUGGGUAUAGGUGGGGGUGGGUCUGGUGGAAGAGUCUCCAUGAACUGCAAGUUCCGAUACUCUUAUGGAGGGCAGUACCUCAACUAUGGUGGUGACAGCACAGGCAGUGUAAGCAGUUCCCAUGCUGGAGCCUCUGGAACCACUUUCAUUGAGGAGAAUAAGCGAGCCCUGCAAUACCGCAUGACCAAGUAUGAUACGGUAAAAAAUACCACCUACUUUGAUGUGGAUCACCAUGUUAUACAUUCAGACAACAAACUCAAAUACAGUCCUGCGCCGACUGUCAUUCAAGAUCCGCCAAGAGAACUGUAUGAAUUUGAUGAGAUGGAAAUAACUGGCUCAACGUACACCUGGAUCUACCAUCCCAACGGUGUAGAUUUAGUGGAAGUGAUAGCACAUCUUUUCAUCGGUGACAAAACUGGUCAGUUGCACAUAAGACCCAAGCAGAAAGUCUGGGUGGAAUACAUAGAGUCUGAAUCUAACAUUACUGAAGCCCCAGUGAGCUAUAUCAUAGAUUACGGUGCCGAAGUUGUAUUCCCAGAAGAAGUGCAUAUCCAUGGUACAAACAGUACUAUUGCUGGGCAGGUAACAGGCGUUCACAAUAUGUACAUUGAGUCUGAUGCCUGGGUGGAAUUCAAAAGUACGGGAAAUACAGCUCUAUUAGUAAAUGGUGAAUACUUCAGAAAAACUGCUACAGGUCACUUUAUAUGGAAUGAACUUCACAUGAAACGCGGUGGAACUGCGGGAUUCUUGGAUAUUCUCGAUUUCCUCGUUGUAGAGACCAGUGAAAUUAAAGUCAAGUACCAAGGAAACUUAUACAUGAACAAGGCAUUUAUCAACAGCACUUACUCCUGGAUUGAAAGUGAAGGUGUCUUCCAUUUGAAUGGUCAUGGAUACAAGCAAGAGGAGGGUCCAGGGGCUGGUUUCACAAGGAAUUCCGUGGGAUGCGGUGCAGGGCAUGGUGGGUAUGGUGGAUGUUCAGACCCUAUAAACACUCCAGAGCCCUAUGGAAGUAUAUUUGACCCAUAUCUGCUCGGAAGUGGAGGUGGAAAUGGUGGUGGUGUCGGUGGUUCUGGGGGUGGAUCUCUACUCUGGGUUACAAGCCACUAUUUUGAACUCCAUGGACUUCUAGCUCUACAGGGAACUGAUGGCAAGGGAGGUAAUGCAGGCGGAGGCAGUGGUGGGUCAUUGCUCAUUAAAUCCCUGAACUUCACAGGGCAUGGUGUGAUAGACAUUGCUGGAGGAAAUGCAAGUGGUAAUGGUGGUGGUGGGUCUGGGGGCAGAGCGGCCAUUCACUGUGAAUGGCGAUACUCAUUUGGUGGAACUUUUAUCAACCAGCCUGGUCAGGGAGGAACAGCAGACAAGAGGGAAAGUCAUGCUGGGGCGGCUGGAACCUCUUUUGUGAAAAAUAACCUACGACCUCUUGAAUACAGAAUAGUCAAAUACAUGAAAGGUUCAAGCAUCAAGUACUUUGAGGUGGAUCACAGAUACAUACACAUUGAUUGCAAAAUGAUUGCAUCCCCUGUGGCCACUAUGAUUAUGGAAAAUAAUACCAGACUCUUUGAAUUUAAUGAGACAGAAGUAAAUGGAAAAGCACGCAUUUUGUUCUAUCAUCCACCAGAACUGACUGCAACAGAUAUGGUUACUGUUAUAAUCCACAGAUUCUAUGGAGAUAGGACCGGACAGGUUCAUGUGAGAAGUAACCAGCUGAUUUAUGUGGAAUACAUUGAGUCAGAAUCCAACAGGACUGAGGCACCAGUGAGCUACAUCAUUGAUGCAGGAGCAGAGGUUGUGUUCCCUACUGAAGUGCACAUGCAAGGCAUUAACACAACUCUAGCUGGCCAAAUAACGGGAGUACAUCACUUGUACAUUCAGGAUGGCUGCGAACUAGUCACUGAAAGCACUUCUCAGACUGCUCAACUGGUAGACGAGAAAAAAGUGGAGCUCACCGAACCAGGCAAUUUCAGACUUCCCACAAUCAAUAUAAUGCUUGAGGGUAUCCUACAAUUCAGGAAGAUUGAAACAGACUUCACAAUCAGUGCUGCUUUCCUGCAACUCAAGUAUGGAGGAAUCAUUUACAUGAAUCACGGUUUUGUAGAGGCAGGAGAAAUUGACAUUGAAACCACUGGAGAGUUCAGUCUUGAAGGCAGAGGCCAUCCUGCAAUGCAAGGGCCAGGAGCUGGGGCAGGUCUCAAUGGAGGCAGCUAUGGAGGAGUGGGAUAUGGUGGCAAUGACGAUCUGGCUUAUGGCUCUCUGUUUACUCCUAAAGAUCUUGGUAGUGGUGGAGGUGGCAGCACUGGUGGAGCUGGUGGAGGUUUUGUGAACUUCACCGUCGGGAGACGCUUCCACAUAGACGGAAUCAUUGAUGCCUACGGCCUGGCAGCGAGUGGCAACGGAGGAGGUGGAAGUGGUGGCAGUGUGCUGAUCAAGGCCUACAAUAUGUCUGGCAACGGUGUGAUUGAUGUAUCUGGAGGGAAAGGCAGUGGGUCCGGUGGUGGUGGAAGUGGUGGGAGACUGGCAGCUCAUAUUGAUAGUACCAAUGAGUACGGAGGGGCUUACAAAGGUAUGGGAGGCGUUCAUGGGAAUGGGGACCUUAACCAUGCUGGUGGACCAGGAACAAUUUACAAAUAUGAGUCAUCACGAGGCCCAACGUAUCGUGAACUGAAGUACAACCCACGUUUGAAUAAAACUGAAAUCAAACCAGAACACACGAAACUCACAAUUGAUAAUGGCUACUGGAAAACAACCAACCCAGGUAUAGUAAUGGAAAAGGACAGUGAUUACUAUGAAUUUGAUGAAGUGCAAGUUGAAGGCUACAGCUAUGUGCAUUUCUACCACCCUGACACCGCGGAUGUUAUACAAGUGAAGAUCCACGAGCUUACAGGAGACAGAAAAGGAAUGGUUCGAGUACAGAGUCGACAACAGGUCAUGGUAAAGUUUGUGGCAGCUACCCAUACUUACAUGGACUCCCCGUGUGGUUUCCAUGUGGACCCCUAUGGAGAACUUAUACUUCCUUCCACUUAUGUCAUGUUGACAGAACAAACAAUCAUAAGUGGUCUGCUCAUUGGUGUUGAAGAACUGAUAAUUGAAAGAGAUGCAGAAUUCGUCAUAAAUUUAAAUGCAAGCACAUCAGAUGUCACUAGAAUCACCAUGGGAACCAUGCAACCAACCAAUCCAGGCAUUUUCAACAUUCAACAGAUCUCAACAAAUAACCUUGGUUUGUUCACCAUUGACAUGAACCCUCGACACCUUGUCUUGAGCAGCGCCAAUUUUACCAUCCGAAAUGGUGGGAAAGUGGAUAUAAAUACACAAAAAGUAACACUGGAUGUUGCCUACCUUGAUGUUGAGAAGGGAGGCUUGCUGGAUGGAUCAGAAAGUGGAUAUGCCCGGCAAACAGGUCCAGGGGCAGGGUCUUCAACCUCAUUGGAUGGAAGUGGCGGUGGUCUCGCCAGUAAAGGUGGGCCAUCAUACCACGGCUCAGCGGGAGGGUCACCUUACGGACGCACUGACUGCUCUGGUGAAGAGUUGGGCAGCGGAGGUGGUGGAGAGAAUGGAGGUGCAGGGGGCAGCUACAUACGCUUGGUUGUAGGAACGCAACUGACAAACUAUGGCACAAUCUCUUCCAAUGGUGUUGCGGGCACUACAACAUACGGCAGUGGAGGUGGCAGUGGUGGAACAAUAAGCAUAAAUGCCGGGUCUCUAGUUGGACAGGGUACUGUCACGGUGAAUGGGGGUCGUGCAUACUACUUUGGGGAUAUCCAUGGCAAUACAGUUGGUAAUGGAGGUGGGUCAGGAGGUCGUAUCUGUAUCAACCUGCGGGAGCCCCUACAGUACCUGGGAACUCUGAGCGCUACAGGAGGCAUUUCACGAGAUGGUUACCAUGGCUCCCCAGGUACUGUCUACGUCGUGUCCACUGUCGGGGAUGACGUGACCUCGCACCUGUGGUCAGACCACAACAACAAUGCCUGGGGAUGUGAGAAACACGCUGUCUAUGUUGACGUGGACACCCUCACUUACAUCCACCCCUUGAGGGAUGCAUGCAUACAUCCAACAUCAGAUAUAACAAUCUCAUACAUUGGAGGUGAUGGUCUUGGUACAGUCUACAUAGACUCAGGUGACACGCUGUCUCUAGCAGUGGGUCAGACACGCACCUACAUCCAGUCAUCCCUCUAUGUGGCAGGCACAGCUAACCUCCCACCUUCUGCAAUAGCCGAGCAGUCUGUCACAUGCGCCGGAACUUUUGUGGGAGUUGAGCACUGGUACUCAAGAGGUCACACCAAUCUUCUCGCAUCUGGUCAGUCCAAGCUCUCUUCGGGCGCAUCCCACCCUGGCAAAUACUACUUUUCGACUUUCACGGCACUCAGCGAUGGCAAGUUCACGCUGAUGGAUACUAACGACUACAACGUCAUCACUGGACUAGCCCUUGUGACCACCACGUUCCACAUGGAGGGGAAUUCCGACGGCUAUGUGAAUAACUCGGUCUCCAUAAGCAGCCACCUGGUUGAGAUAGAGAAGCGCUCGGUGUUGGAUGGCCUUGGUCGUGGGUAUGGAGCUAGUGCAGGCAGUGGGGCUGGAUGCAGUACCAGCUGUGGGUCUGGUGGAGGGCAUGGAGGUAGUGGAGCAUCUUGCUCAGGUUGCAACAGCUGUGCUGGUGGAUCCACUUACGACAGGUAUCAGUAG